CACCGUUUACGUCCAUUUUCUAUUUUGCAAACUCAAAAAAACGACGUCGUCGUGAAAAAAGAAAUCCUUUUUGUCGGUUACAAAAAUAAUUCACAUUAGUUAAUGUGAGUUUGUACACAGCUGUUAUUAAAAAUAUUCUACUAAGAUUGGUUUUUACAAAGGAAGAAGAUCCACGUAACGGUAAGCUUUCUAAAUCAAAGACUGAGGAUUAAGAAUCCACCAUGGAGGACGAAAAUGAAUAUAAGAAAUUACCUACAGAUGAGAAAUGUGUGCAUAAACUGUGGAAGGCUAGAGUGGCUGGUUACGAAGAAGCAAUAAAACUUUUUAAUCAAAUAGACGAUGAAAAAUCUCCAGAAUGGAAUAAAUACUUAGGACUCAUAAAGAAAUUUGUUACUGACAGCAAUGCAGUUGCACAAGAAAAAGGAUUGGAGGCAGCACUUGUUUUUGUUGAAAACUGUGGUCAUGCCGGCAAAACAACUGGUGAAGUUAUGUCUGGAAUUGUUGCAAAAUGCAUUGCGGCUCCCAAAACUAAAACAAAGGAUCUGGCCCUUCAGGUAACACUUAUGUAUGUAGAAAUAGAAAAACAUGAGGUGGUAGAAGAAGAAUUAAUAAAGGGCAUGGAACAGAAGAAUCCGAAAGUGGUAGCAGCGUGUAUUGCAGCUUUAAAUACAGCAUUGAAACAGUUUGGCAACAAAGUGGUUGCUAUUAAACCAAUGGUCAAGAAGAUACCUAUACUGCUUGCUGAUAGAGACAAGAAUGUACGUGACGAAAUGAAAGCAUUGGUCAUUGAAAUGCAUAGAUGGAUUGGACCAGCUAUUGAGCCUCACAUUGCCUCCUUACAAGCAGUGGUACAGCAGGAGCUGCGUGAGUCCUUCAGCGGCUCCGGGGGUGCACAACCAACUAGAUAUCUACGUUCCCAACAACACCUCGUGAGAGACAAGCCAACUGCGGAUGCAACUGACGGUGCAGAUGACGAUGACGAUGGUGAGAAUGGAGCUGGUGAAUCGGCGGAAGUGGAUCCAUACGAUCUAAUGGAUCCAGUUGAAAUCCUGUCCAAAAUACCAAAGGACUUCUACGAAAAGCUUGAGGCUAAGAAAUGGUCGGAGAGAAAGGAAGCGCUUGACGCGUUAGAAGCGCUGUUGAAAGCCGCACCGAGAUUAGAACCAGGAGACUACGCAGAUUUAGUUAGGGCUUUGAAGAAAAUCAUAUCCAAGGACACAAAUGUAAUGUUGGUAGCCCUGGGCGGUAAAUUACUCGGCAUGGUGGCAAGUGGUCUACGAAAUAAGUUCUCACCAUACGCGACAGCUUGUGUUCAAGCCAUUCUAGAAAAAUUCAAGGAAAAGAAGUCUAACGUCGUCACUGCUCUGAGAGAAGCUAUAGACGCUAUUUACCCUUGUACAAACUUGGAGGCGAUCAGUGAGGAUAUGCUCGCCGCGUUCGACAACAAGAAUCCAUCGAUCAAAGCGGAGUCGGCCCUGUUCCUUGCCCGAGCCCUCUGUCACACGCAACCGGCGGCUUUCAAUAAGAAACUGAUCAAGGCCUAUGUGGCUGGCCUGUUGAAGCUUUUGGAGAGUGCUGAUCCAGUAGUUCGAGACGCAGCGGCCGAAGCUCUAGGUACGGCCACAAAAUUAGUCGGAGAAAAGAAUAUCGCCCCACACAUUGGCAAGUUGGACAAUCUCAAAGAGCAGAAGAUCAAAGAAUUUGCAGACAAGGCUGAAAUUAAGGUAAAAGUAGCCGCAAUGAAGAAAGAAGCCAAGCCGAAAGCAGCACCAAAGAGCGAGGCGAAACCCGCUGCAGGAUCUACACAGCCCAAACCCGUCAAAAGGCCUGCCUCGGGCGCCAAGAAACCGGCCCCUGGUAAAAAGGCACCGAGCCGCGCACAGUCUAGCCCGCCGCGCGAACCGCCCAUGUCACAAGAGGAGGCGGAGGCGAGAGCGGAAGCGUUGCUGCCGCCAGAUGUGCUCCCUGGUCUCAGCGAUAGCGACUGGAAGUCACGGCUGGCGGCCGUUCAGUCCUUCCACUCGGCUAUCCAGGGUCUGAGCACCGCCGACGCGUCCGCUCAGCUCCUGUACCGGGUACUCAACAAGAAGCCCGGCCUCAAGGACACCAACGUCCAAGUGCUCAAGGCCAGGCUCGAGGCAUGCAAAUAUAUUACGGAGAACUUCCCCGUGUCAUCGACCGCCACUGAAGUGGUAAUACAAGACAUAGUCUGCAAGCUGGCCGAGAGCGGUUGCGGUACCGUAGCCUGCGAUUGUUUGUGGGCGUUAGCGGACGCGUGUGGCCUCGAGCCCGUAGCUACGGAUGCACUGGCGUACGCCAUGGACUCGCAGAAGAAUCCGAAAGUCCAAGCGGAGUUGUUUAACUGGUUGAGCUCGGCUAUUACGGAGUAUGGAUUCACAAUGAACGUCAAGUGUAUAGUGUCGCACGCGAAGAAAGCGUUAUCGGCAACAAACCCGAAUGUACGAACGUCCACAGUAAACUUUCUGGGCAAACUGUCCAUGUAUGUUGGUCCGUCCCUGGUGAACUACUUUGACGGCGAAAAAGCGGCUACGAAACAAUUAAUUAGCUUAGAAAUCGACAAAUACGCCAACAGCACGCCGCCAACUCCUACGAGACAACAGGGAGGAGUUAGUAAAUCCGCAAGCAAAGGGUCCCUCGGCGACGACAUAGAGGAGGGUGUGGAGGACGUGGAGGAGGAGCCGGCGCCGGUGGAGGACGUGCGACCGCGGACCGACAUCGCGCCGCUCAUCACUGAGGCGCUAGUCGCUGAGAUGAGCGAUAAGAACUGGAAGGUUCGAAACGAAGCGCUGGACAAAGUGAAGGCCAUCAUCAGCAACUCGUCGCCAAUCAAAGCGACGCUCGGCGAGUUACCCGCGGCGCUUGUGGCGCGCCUGCUCGACUCCAACUCGAAGCUCGCACAGACCGCGCUGACUAUCUGCGAACAGCUCGCCGUAGCUAUGGGAGCGCGGUGCAAGCAACAUUUCCGGACUUUCUUCCCGCCGUUUUUCCAAGCGUUUGGCGACAGUAAGGCGUGGAUCCGUACCGCGGCGGCCGGGUGUGCCGGCGCGUGGUGCCGCGAGGCGGGCGGCGCGGCGGUGUUCGACGGCGAGAUGGUGCACGACGCGCUCAAGACCGGCUCGCCGGUGCUGCGCGCGACUCUGCUUCUGUGGCUCGCUGAGCGACUGCCUGACAUACCACCGAAAUCAUUCCCGCGCGAGGAGCUGAGUGUCUGCCUGCCAAUACUAUUCGCGUGCCUCGAGGACCGCGCAGCUGACGUGCGAAAAGCGUCCGCUGACUGCGUGCUGCCUUUCAUGCUGCAUUUAGGUUAUGAGGCUAUGCACAAACAGAUGGAUAAAGUUAAGCCAGCAUCCAAGACGGUGGUUCAGGCGGCGUUGGACAAGGCUCGGCCGUUCCUGCCGGUGCAACCGUUGCCCGCCGCUAAAAGCAAGAAGGAUGAGCCGCGCGGCGUCAAGUCUGCGGGUGCUUUGAAGAAGGAAGCAGAGAAGAAGGGCGGACUACCUCCUAAGAAUAAGAUUGUCAAGCCGGCAUCGGCCUCUAGUCGCGGUAAGAAGGAGGAAGAGGACUUCACGCCACUGCUGCCCAGCAACAACGCCAAGAACCAAAGGAUUAUAGAUGAUCAGAAACUCAAAGUCCUCAAAUGGAACUUCACGACACCUCGCGAAGAGUUCUUCGAUCUUCUGAAGGAACAAAUGAAUAGCGCCGGUCUCAACAAACAACUUGUUGCGAACAUGUUUCACAGCGACUUCAGAUAUCAUUUGAAAGCAAUAGAAGCUCUCUCCGAAGAUUUACACGAGAAUGGAUCAGCUUUAAUGGCUAAUCUAGAUCUGGUGCUCAAAUGGCUGACCCUGAGAUUCUUCGACACGAACCCCUCAGUCAUUCUCAAGGGUCUGGAGUACUUGGCCCUAGUAUUCCAAUACCUGAUUGAUGUUGACUACACUAUGGCUGAAUAUGAAGCCAACUGUUUUAUACCGUACUUGGUAUUGAAGGUAGGAGACCCAAAAGACACCGUACGCAACGGCGUCAAAGCAUUAUUCAAGCAGAUAUGUGUGGUGUACUCAGUGACUAAACUGUUUGGAUAUCUGAUGGAAGGAUUGAAGUCCAAGAACGCGAGACAAAGAGCUGAAUGCCUCGAGUGUAUCAACCACCUGCUCGAGACGUACGGUUCGAGCGUGACGGGCAGCGGGCCGGGAGGCGGCCCGGGGCCGGCGUUGCGCGAGCUCGCGCGACUCAUCGGCGAUCGCGACAACGCGGUGCGCUCCGCCGCGCUCAACUGCGUCGCCACUGCGUACUUCCUCGACGGCGAGCGCGUGUACAAGAUGAUUGGACAGAUAUCAGACAAAGAUCUAUCGUUGUUGGAGGAGCGCAUAAAACGCGCGGGCAAGAGCCGCAGCGCGGAGGAGCGACGGUCGAUGGUCGUGCCGCUGUCCGCGUCCGGCCGGCCCAUACAACAGAUGCCUGAGGAGAAUGAACAGGUGAUGUCAGACAAUCCUCCAGUUGAUGAGUACGAGGAAGAGGAGGUAGAGGAGCGACCCCCGCCGCCAGUGCAGCCGUCUAUCCCUGAGCCGAAAGUGAUCAAGGGUCCGUUCGGCUUGGAUCCGGACUUGAUUGCGAAGCUGGACGCGGCCAUUCCGGUCAUACGCAAGCCGGACCUGUCGGAAGUGGAUCUGAAGUUCUUGGACGAGCCCGUGCCUGUGUCCACGGUCCGGAACGUCACGGCGCCGACGAGACCGAGCAGUAUGGUGACGAUGUCGCCGCCGCGUCUACCGGCGCCGCACGCGCCGCACCCGCUCGUGUCGGUGCACACGCAGAAACCAUCCGUCGACGACUCCCAGCUCGCUGACACCAUACACUCCAUCGCUAGUCCUGAUUUAAAUGCGGCCGUGCGAGCGUUAUCCCUAGUGUCCGGCGCGUUAGUAUCUGGGCGGGGCGCGGCGCUGCGGGCGCACGAGGCGCGGCUUGUGGAGGCGGUGACGACGCAGCUGCGGCGCCUGCGCACCUCCCCGCCCGACCAGCAAGUACUCGCCGCAUACAAGUUCUUAGUGGGCGCGCUUACCACUUUCUACGACACGGCCGGCUGCGGCGGGUGCGUAGGCGAGAGCGCACUGCGGGCGCUACUGCGAGAGUUGCUAUUGGUGCUGGGCGCGGGAGGUGGAGCGGCGGGGACGGGGCCGGACGCCGAGCGGCUCGUGCGUAUACUCAACAACGUGUGCGUACGCGUGCUGGAGCAUUCGCCGCGGACUGCGUUGUUAUGUGCCAUCGUAUCGCUUCUACACGACUCAAUAGUAGAGUCCGAUCCGGCUUACCCGCGCUACCAAGAUCUGCUGUUGAAGUGUUUCUGGAAGACACUGAAGAUGAUAUCCACUUGGGACGUCAACUCAAUAGACUACGACGAGGUUCUGUACAAGAUACACCUGUUCUAUAAGGCCUACCCGAACAGUUAUUGGAAGAAAAACCCUGAUAUUAGUGACACGCCUUAUAGAACUGUGAAGACAUUGGUGCAUACUCUUGUAAAGAUAAAGGGCUCGUCUAUAACAAACCACCUGUCUCAAAUAUCCGAUCUCAAUGAGUCUGAUCUUUACCCCUAUUUGCAAAAAGUUUUGAAGCAACUAAAAUUAGACGAGCGGAAGGAUCCAGCGGACGUGAACGGUACCCCAGCCGUGACACACACUAUGAGCAACAUCAGUAAUAUCGGCAGCAGUAAUAUAGCAGCGAAUCGCCUGCCGCGCGCCGUGCACGAGGAACUCGCACUCAUACUCAAGCGCAUCGGUUCUAAGGAGCAUAAUAGAGAUGCGCUGGCGCAGCUGUACGAUCUACGGGAGCGUCACCCCGAAGUGGACAUCUGGACGUUCAUGCAGGGCUCGUCGUUCUACUUCCGCAACUACGUGGAGCGCGGCCUGCGGGACGUGGCCGAGCAGCGCCGCCUGGGUGCCGUCUCGCUGUAUAAGAGCGACUACAAGCCUGACAACAUCGACAUAAGCAACGAAAACGACGAGAAAUCUCAUGUUAUAUUCCUAGAGAGGCUUCGAGCUUUACAGGCUAAAGCAGGUCUGAAGAGUGACAGCUCGCCAUCGUCGCAGCCGCGCACGCCAGUCGCCGACAACCGCGCCCUCACUGACGUCGAGCCACGCCCACUUAGCAUCGACCCGCAGCUAGAGUUGCAUACCACGCAAUCAGUGUCCCAGAGGAAUGAAGCAGACGUGGACGUCCUCCGUCUCAAGUUACAACAGAUUAAGAGCUCGUCCAAGAGAUAGGCAGUCCCGUCCCACCGUCUGUAGCGAUCUACAUGGAUUAAUGUCUUGUUGAAGUAGCAGAAAUUAUAUUUUGUCUAUGACACCCGUUUACAAGUAAUCGAAUUGUCCAUUACUCUAAUAAUCUCAUGUAUAUAAUGUCCUUACAGUGAUCAGGGAUCCCGUGAGCUAUUUGCGAUAGCAAAUAAGUGAUAGUUUGAUAUGUAUCCUGGUACUCGCUGUGCUGACUAUAAUGCUUUCAGUUUAGUUCCUACGUCCCUAGUACUAGUCGUUUGACGUGUGGUUUUUGUCGUAUGUUAUGUAGAUAAUGAUUAUGGACAAGAAAAAACCUACAUAGGACUUUAAAGCAGCGAUAGAGUUGUUUUUAAGGCAAUAAUUUUCAUGAAAAUAAGUACUUUGCCAAAUCUACAAUAGUUAUGUUUUAGCCCAACGCGUCCCAAUUUCAUACGAAAAAAAACUAGUCAUUACUUUUCUGCAUAGAUACCACUAAAUAAGUUUCGAAGAUUACGUUCAUCAUAAAAAUGAAAUACUCAUUUCAUAAUUUUUCAUGACAAUAUAACAGUAUCUUUAUAGUCAGGGUAAAACUAAAUUUAGUGAUAUGGGGACUACGUGAAUGUUUGGAAGUCUUGCCUGUCUGUGACGAGAACGAAAUUUAUUGUGAGUUGUUAAUGUUAUGCACGAUGCACCGGUGUGCCGUUAUCAAAAUUGCCCCAUAUGUUAGUAGUAAUUCACUAAUUGGGCUGAAAGACGCCUUAUACCUACUGUUAUUCUUAAUUACUCUUAACGCAAUAUACAUUAUAGAAUCGUAUUAAAUUCAUGUUAACCAUCACAUUAAUUGCACUAAGCAUUUAUUCAUGACGUUAAUGUAAGAAGAGAAAAA